UUCUGUGAAACAUCCCUGGUGGCAAGAUGCAGACACAAGCCUGGAAGUCCUGCCUGUGUGCUCUGUCGUCACUUCUGAUUCUGCUUCUUGUUUGUUUCGUGGAAGUCGUGGUGGGAGAGAAGUGCUACAGAGACGACAGCCUGGGAGACCGGGACGGUAACGUGUACCACUGCGAGUCCAAAGACCUGCCUCGCUGUUGCAUUGAGAACGCUGAGCCGACCUGUUGCAUGUCCGAGAGCGACAAGAACUGGAAGGAGCAGCUACAGCUGUGGGGGACAGUGGCGGCUGUGAUCGUUGUCCUUGGGAUCUUGUUCGUCUGCUGCAAGAAUGACGUCAGCUUCUGCAACAACGAGAGCUCCCUCAAGGAACGAUGGGACAACUUCCGACACAAGAAGGAGACCAAGGACAGCGAGCUGGUGAAGGACGACCAGCUCAAGGACCAGUACUACGACAACCCCAUCGGAGGCUUCGGGGAGCAGAACAGCCGUUACCCUGACCCUUACCGCUACCCGCCUCUGCCUGGCUCAGGCAAGGGGCAGAGCUUUGACCCUUACACUAACCCUUAUGCUUAAAUCUACAGACGCCUUGAUCGGGGAGAAGUUUGUUGUGUAGGUCCACACACUGAUGGAGAUAUAUAUUUUACAUUACAUCAGACGUUUUGGUAAAUUACAUUUCCUCAAAUGAAAAAUCUCGUAAAUGGUUACAUUUUUAACAUCCCUGUACGUGUAUUUUAUGCUUUUGGAUUUUUUUUUCUUGUUGAUAUCUUGAUAUCUUGAUUGUUUUAGUUUUUGUAAAACGACGUGAGAAAGGGGGGGGGGAUAGUGGCGUGUGUUUCUUUUCUUUGAGUGUUCGACUGAUAAUGUUAUUCUAUUUCAAUGGGCCGAAAUAACGAUUUUGUAAUUAGCAGGCUAGACAUGGGAGUUAAUGAGCAUUCGUUACAAACUUUAAGGAUCUGAGUUGGGUGAGGUGGUGCGGAGAGGAAGGUCACGAUCAAAAUAUACACUGUAACUGUUUUAUAGUGUCUGUUUGCCUUUCUCAAAAUAUCACAAAAGCUAAACUUGAAUUACGUGAAUAUAGAAGGUUGUUUUUUUGUUGUUGUUUUUUUUAAUGACGAGUAAAAAAUCUAAUAUUUCACUUUGAAGACAACGUUCAGCAACUUGAGGUUUUAUUUUAUGAAAUGUCUCUAAUGAGGUGACACAUUAUUCAUCGAAAUCAUAAAAAACGAAUCACCUGCAAAGACCGGGGGCGAACUAUGAGCUCAACUGUUGGCCAUGCUCAUUGACUUGAAGUAUAAUGACUAGACCAUGUAGGCUUAUUGUCAUGGCCGCCGCUCUUAGCUCUCGAAUUUUUUUAACUUAUUUGUUUAGCGUGGGCACUUCGAACGCCUAAAACACCAUUUUCAUUUUAGUCCAGUGUAUGAGGCUCCUUUCUCUUAAUUUGGCUCUAAUUUAGUCAAAUGAUACGCUUCUUAGUGAACUGGAUUUGUUUCCAAGUGCAUGAUCUAAAGAUUAUAAUGUUAUAAUUCAAGUCAAAGGUAUUACUUCUAGGCAGUGGUGCGGGAGACAAUGGUUCGAAAUCCCAACACGACAUUUCUGAAUAUGUGUUGGUAUAGAAACUUUCAUGGAUCUCAGAAGUCUUUGUUUCUAUCGGAGAAAGACGUAACAUCCCUGAUGUCUCGAUAUUGUUGUGAUAAUUGUUGUUAAGGGACGAUAGAGUGACGAUGAAGUCGCUGACCUCAGAGCUUGUAUGUUGUCGUUGAUUUGAUGUUCUAUGUGUACUCUUAUGAAGGUUUUUGAUAAAUACAAAUUAUCGAUUUAUGAUAAGGGUCUAGAUCUAUUCAUCUUACAAAAAUUGUGCUAUCAUCGAGGGCAUAGAUGUGUUAUAUCAUCCAUCAUCACAGCAGCGUAGGUUAUCUUUGCUACUCAUCGGGAUUCCAGUAGCAUGCAUAUUGCAAACAUUGAUGUCAUUUAUAUUCACUGAUCUUAAGAUGGAAUUGUAGAAGGAUAAUAGAUCUCUAUUUUAUCGUUACUAGACUUUUUCUAUUGAUUUUUCAUGACAUCCUCUUGUAAGCAAAGCCCAAAGUAUGGAGAAUUGAUUGUAGAUGGCGCAAGCUGGCAGGUUACACGGAACCAAUUAAUCCUAUUUAGCUUUUUACUUAAAAUGCGCACCUGUUGUACGAACCACAAACUAUUAGUAAUAAUCAUUACUUCGCAAAAUCCCCCGCUAUGCUCUACACCUAGCCUCUGCCAUCUCACACUGACUACUUUUCAAAACAGUUUGGCGACCAAGAUUUGGGGAUCUGUGGGCCUCAAGAAUAUUCCGGCGUCAAAUACACCUUUCAGGUUAAACAUAGAACAGUUGCAAAGACAACAGACAAUUGCACGUAGAGCUUUCUGGCAAUUUAGAAGUGACCUCUAGGCACAUAGACACAUCUAGAAAGUUACUGUCCUUCUUAGCAGUUCAUUGUAAAUGGCCCAGUUUGGUUUUUUUAAUCGGCAAAUCUAUCUGCCACUUUAGAGUUCUGUACGCUGUUUCGGUCUCAACAGUUUAGUUCUGUGACCUCUGAUCUGCUUAUGGCGCAUAAAGUUUUUGUCCCAAUCCCAAACUAUGCAGCUUGAGAGAGAAGCAGGAAAAAAUAUAUAUUCUCUAAUGUUGAUUGACUUGUGAAUAACAAAAGAAAAUGGAAAUUGAUUAAAUGUACUCCCAUUUUGUUUAAGCAAAGUGGGAAUCAAUUUUAUUUCGUAGGCAAUAAUUAUUUAUGUUCUUUUUUUAUUCUUCUUGCACUCGGCGAAAAGGUUCACUUGCGCAAAUUACUCCGUCGUUCUAUCUCGAUACGCCACAUUAUGAUGGUAUCCACAGGCGCCACAAUUCACAAAAUAUAAAUUGUUUAUUGCGUUGCCAAGGGACUAUCGAACUUUCUUCACAUAACUGGCAUCCAACAUUAUAGGCGUGCUUUUGUAACGCGUUCUUAAAAACAAUUUGAUUCGCUGCUGCGGCGUUCUCUGUCCCAGAUUUUGAUUUUUUAUCUUCUUAAUCAAAAUAUUUUAUCCUAAAUUCGUUUUUCUAUUUCGGGUUGGAGGAGGGGCGCACAUGCGGGAUUAGCGCAUAGAGUUUCUUUUUUUUCUUUUUUUUUUUUUUAAACGCAGAAUGUCAACAUAACGCUAGACACCGGUAUGAAAAUUAGUGUUGGGCGGGUCUUUUGGUUGAGUUUUUUUAAGAGGGUGAGGGGAAGGGGGGGGGGGUGGAUAACAGAACACGGUUGUGAGUUUGUUCUCAGUGCAUUGACCCCUUAUUCAGCAUUUUCACUAGAAAUGAAUAUUUUACUUCAUAAACCAGAUACAAUUGGGCUUAUCGAUAGUUAAAACGGAACACUUCAACACUAUUUAAGAAGACAGCCUUGGCUUUUCGAAAGGCCGAAGUAUAUUGUUACUAAUACCAUUCUUUCACUGGAUCAAUAUUCCAUCCCAUACCUCAGUUUCUUUCUUGCCCUGCGUUCAACUACUGUCCUGUCCAUUUCGAUUGCUUUUGGUUAUGGAAAUGCUUCUCCUUAUUUCACUUUUCUGUCCAAGUGCCUCGCCUCAAAUGUGCUCUUCAUCAUCCUAUAUUAUUAUACUGUUGUUCUUACAAGCAAAAGAAAUGGUACGCCGAUAUCUUACUGGACCAUAGAGAGGGUGGCCCCAUUUUUCUUGAAUUUGUGUUGUUUGGGAGUUCUUUAACUUUAAGGCUGUCCGUCAACUUGGCUUGGUCCCAUUGGAAAAGAGCGAAAGAUUCAGAUGUUUUAAUCUCUUAGCCUACCCGACACAGCUGGCAUGUGCUUUAAAGCCAUACUGCACAAACAAGCAAAAGAGCCUCCGGUGCCAUGUUUUUGUUCUGAAAAAUUGGUCGCUUUUAAGCACAAGGGGGCUAUCCCGAGAAAUGCUGUUUUCAUAAAAA